AAAUAAGUAAAAUAAUAAUAAAUAACAUAAUAGAAUGAAAACAAGGCACAUUAGUCAAUCAUAAAUAAAUUAAUAAAAUAAUUAAGUGUGUCUUGUAAUGCGCCUUGGGGGCGGCUUACCAUACGACGGCGACCCCCCGACAAUGAGCGCAGCUGGAAAUGAUUAUGCAGAAUUAUGCGAUCUUGGACCCUCACGAUGGAGUUCGCGUGGCUAUUAUUAUGCACCUCCUGCACAUGCGACCGCCUUGCAUCCUAGUGCAGCGCCUGGCCUACAACAACCGCAAUCCUCAUCGAGCGUACCGACUGGCAGUUCAGCCGGUCUCAGUGCGCAUCCACUGCGCACACCAAGCAGUUACGAGGCGGAAGACGUUUCAUUUGGUAUGAUAAGUCCACCGCCGGGCGUGAUCGGUUCGUCGUCGGUUGGUCUUAGCGGUACAUACGGCAUUGGUUCGCGUAUCGGCAAUAGUACGAGUUCAUUGCGUGGCGGCCGUUCUGGUCUCUAUUACUCACCGCCCGGCACGUCGUAUACGAUUGUGGAACGGCCACAUUCGCCGCACUACUAUUACAAUACGGCAGGCGCGCCAACCAAAGGCGGUUCAUUGCCGGGUCGCGGUUCGUCAUAUCUAUCAGCCUCAGCUACUAGCCACAUGGCGGCCACCGGUGGUGGGGGCACACUGCCCAAUUCAACGGCGACUAUGGGUGGGCGUGCACACAGCAGCAUGGGUAUGGCGAAUGGCAAUAAAAAGCGACCGAUCUCACCGGAGCAGGUGCUACGUAUGUUUGGUGCGACACAGUCGUCUUCAGUUCCUACAAGCAGCUACCACUACAGCAACGGCAUAAGAGAUCGUACCGGACGACGCAGUCCGGCGAGUAGUCCACCUUCGACCACGCAUCAGAUGUAUCGUGAGCGAGAUCGAGAUCGUAGUAUAACGAAUAUUCAUGAAUUAACCACACGUACCAUUAACAUGUCGCGCGAUCAACAGAUCGACCAUGGUUUUGGUAUUUGUGUCAAGGGAGGAAAAGACUCAGGAUUAGGCGUCUAUAUCUCACGCAUCGAAGAGAAUUCAGUUGCAGAGCGCGCCGGCCUGCGCCCCGGUGAUACAAUCCUAGAGGUGAAUGGUACGCCAUUCACUUCAAUAAAUCACGAGGAGGCGUUAAAAAGAUGUGUGCAGAUAUUGAAAUCAUCACGUCAAAUCAGUAUGACGGUACGUUCGCCACCGACGCUAAACUCCCACGCGCCAUUACAUGGCUUCGGUCCACCUUCAUCACGGGAUCCCAUGUAUGCAUCGAUGGCGCCACUACUACCACAAUCGGCGGCCGGCUUACCGCCCGGAGCGACGAUGAUUGGUGGGGGCGGUUUGCCAUUUCGUCAGACAUGUUCCUGGAUGGACCGACAUGGUCGUCCCGCAUCGCCACCCAUGGAGUAUGGCGGACGGCAUACUGAGCGUCGAGAAAGAAUACGACGCGUAGAGCUGCUCAUUGAACCGGGGCAAUCGUUGGGUCUGAUGAUACGCGGCGGCGUUGAGUAUGGCCUCGGCAUCUUCGUCACCGGCGUUGAUAAGGACAGUGUCGCUGACCGAGCUGGCCUCAUGGUCGGCGACGAGAUACUCGAGGUCAAUGGUCAGUCAUUUCUUGACGUGACCCACGAUGAAGCGGUCAGUCAGUUGAAAUACCAUAAACGUAUGUCGCUUGUGAUACGCGAUGUCGGUAAAGUGCCACACUCCUGUACAUCCAUUGAAAUGGAGCCUUGGGACGCGUAUAGUCCGACGGGGACGAGAGCACGUCGAAAAGGUCAAGUAACAGCAAUGGUCGAGGAGAAGGCACGCUCUCUUCUGCCACGACAUCAAUUUGCAAGUCUCUCGUACUAUAUUGCUGAAUAUGCUGCGAGAGCGAUGACCAUAGAUGCCUUUGUUGCCGUCUUAUUAGAAAUGUUAGACACAUACGAGAAACAUACGUUGGUGACGGAACUACGCGAACUCAUAUACCCAGAGGAUCGUGCGAGAUACGAUGAGCUUGUUUAUCGUAGAGAACGUGAUCCGUAUAGCGUUGAGAGGCACAGGCGUAAAGGAGAACCCGCACGUGAUUUACCGGUAAGCUUUUUAGAAGAUUUAUUCUACGACACAGACACUAUUUACUAUUAGAAACCUCAUCAAAGUCUAUAAGUGUUUUCUGCUAACUAUACGAAAAGAAUAAACAAAAAAAUUAACUUAAAUAUUUUUAUACUCUCAGCGUUCGUAAUACUAUUACCUUAUUAGCCCGUAUACUAAAACUACACUAACAAAUAUACAGUGGCGGAUAAAAUUAUUCACACGAAAGGAAAAACAAGCAAAAUGCACGUGUUUACUGAAAUUUAUGAUUAAAAAAUAACAUAAACCGAGGAUAGGUUUAUUCCACAUAAAAAUAUAAUUAGUAUAAAAUAAUGUCGUCUUCUCAUUUAACGAAGACAAAUUUGUGCACACAAUUGGUUUCAUGGAAAAUAUAACUUAAAAAAAAGAUUAAUACUUAGUGGGGACUCCUUUUUAUUUGAUAAUUUGCCCUCAUCUUUCAAAAAUGAAGUAAAUUUCUGAAAGGUUACCCGGAUGGAUAUUAGUAAAACCAGAAUCAGGCGCAA